UCCGUGCUGAAAGAUGGCGGACGAGGAUGGCGGCGGCGGCGGCGGUGGAGGCGGACGGCCGGAUUCCGAAGCCGAGCAGCAGGAACAGCAAGAGUAUGAAGAGCCGCAGUUGGGUCCCGCGGCGGCGGUGCCGGUGCUGCCGGUCGCUGUGAGCCUCGCCCGGGGCCCCAGGCUGGUCAAGAUCAUCAAGUCAGAGACCGGCUACGGCUUUAACGUGCGCGGGCAGGUGAGCGAGGGCGGCCAACUGCGGAGCAUCAACGGGGAGCUGUACGCGCCGCUCCAGCACGUCAGCGCCGUGCUCCCGGGCGGCGCCGCCGAGAGGGCCGGGGUCAGGAAGGGAGACCGUAUCCUGGAAGUGAAUGGUGUGAACGUGGAGGGAGCAACACACAAGCAGGUUGUGGACCUGAUCCGGGCGGGAGACCAAGAGCUGAUCCUUACAGUGUUGUCUGUCCCACAGCAAGAAGCUGAGCGCCUUGACCCAGGCGAUGACUCCUCUGGGAACAUUUACUAUGACUACAGUGAGAAACGGGCAGUGCCCAUCUCCAUCCCUGGCUACAAGCACGUGGAACGGAAUGGAGAGAAGUUUGUGGUGUUUAACAUCUACAUGGCUGGACGUCAACUCUGCUCCCGACGGUUCCGGGAGUUUACUAUCCUUCACCAGAAUCUCAAGCGGGAAUUCUCAGAUUUUCACUUCCCAAAGCUUCCGAGGAAGUGGCCGUUUUCCCUUUCGGAGCAGCAGCUGGAUGCCAGGCGGAGGGGUCUGGAGGAGUAUCUGGAGAAAGUGUGCUCAGUGAGUGUGAUCGGAGAAAGUGAUAUCAUGCAAGAGUUCCUAGCUGAUUCCAGUGAGAGUACCAAUGGGCUCUCUGAUGUGGACCUGAGGAUAGCAUUGCCAGACAGAAACAUCAUAACAGUCACUGUUAAAAAGAACAGCACGGCAGAGGAUGUCUAUCGGGCUGUACAAGAGCACUUGCGCAUGGAUAGUGUCACAGCAAGUUUCUUUACAUUGUUUGAAGUUGUGGACCACUUCUUUGAGCGUAAACUGGCCCCCAAUGAAUUUCCACAUAAACUGUACGUUCAGAAUUAUACGUCUGCAGCGGCAGGAACGUGCCUGGUCAUCAGGAAAUGGCUCUUCACCAUGGCCCAAGAGGAGCUCCUGAACGACAACGACCUAGCAGUCACCUACUUCUUCCAUCAGGCUGUGGAGGAUGUGAAGAAAGGCCGUAUCCGAGUGGGCGACAAGUCUUACCAGCUUCAGAAACUGUCUGAGCAGCACAAGAAAGUCAUGUACCUCAACAUGAUCCGCACGUGUGAGGGCUACAAUCAGAUCGUCUUCCCACAUUGUCGCUGUGACUCUCGCAGGAAGGGCCAUGUCAUGGCGGCCAUCAGCAUUCAGCACUUUAAACUUCACGCCUGCACCGAGGAUGGGCAGCUGGAGAACCAGGUGAUCAUGUUUGAAUGGGAUGAAAUGCACCAGUGGGACACAGAUGAGGAGGGAAUGGCGUUCUGCUUUGAGUACAUCCGCGGUGAAAAGAAACCGCGCUGGGUGAAAAUCUUCACUCCCUACUUUAACUACAUGCACGAGUGUUUUGAGCGAGUUCUGUGUGAGCUGAGGUGGAGAAAAGAGAUGGAGGAGGCCGGAGAUGAUGACGACAACAGGAACAGCACGAGCAGCGUGGUCCGCACGUGGGGGCGAAGGAACAUUUAGCAACGCUUCAACAUGCCCAUUGGCCGAGUAUUUUUCAUGGAGCAGCAACAAGAUGGAAGCGAGUCUCAUUGUCCUGAUGGAAGACCACAUUCUCUGUAGUGCGCAUCUCAGCACCUUAGCAUGAAAACUGAAGCAAUCAGACCUUUGACAUUGGGAAGGGGGGCACCAGCUGCUCAGACCCUUCCUCAAUGUAGCUGUGACAUCAAAGCAGUCUUCAAGUAGUCCAUCCAUCCAUUUCAUCUCACCUCUCACUGUUAUAACAUUGCCAUUUGUAGCCGCCUCUGUGAGUCAUCGAGGAGUAAGCUGUGUUUAGACGGUGCAGGACCCUGGGACUUGAUCGUCCUAUCAGAGGGGGCAGCCAGACCAAGGGGGCAAGUAGCUUGUAGGAAGCUAGGGCUAGCCACUGGCAUCUGUUAGCCUGGAACUACUGGAUGGCUGGGGGGCUCCUAGGCCUUUGCCAAGACCAAUUUCCAGGAUCAAUUGGUUACAUUGAUAAAUGGUUAAACUGCUGAGUAAUUGUUAGUAUUAAAUGACGUGUGAGGGGUCCCGAGAGCCAGCCAACGCCAACACAACUGUAGCCAAAAAGAUGCGGCUUGUUUGAGACACCAGCUGCCUUCUGCACCGCCAUCCCUGGCUCCCAUAGUUUAGUCAGUUUACAUUACACGUUGGCAAUGAUGUUGGUCUGCACUGAGCUCACUGUGGUAGGGAAAUUCUACGUGGGGGGUGGGGGGUGGGGGGGAGAGAGUGAGUGAGCCUUUGGAACAAUUUGUCAGGUAUGAGUUUUGAGCUAUUGCUGUUUCUGUCCCUCCUGUCACGAGCUGUUUUGGCUGGGUAUAGGAAUUAGCAAAAAAAAAUUGAUGAUAAACUAGGUCAGUGUUGAGCGAGGGCGAGAACACAAUUGAGUGACAUUCAGCCCUUGUCUACACAGUGUAACCUCUGUAAUUGAAGGACUGAUGAACCAAUUUCUGAAAACAUCAGCAGACUAUUGAUCCCUGUGCACGGGAUUAGUACCGAGGAGCAACAGGAGGCAAACGACUGGAGUCGGAUUCUGAAAUCUCUUUAUAAAAGGGAUGAAUUGCUGCCUUGUCUUGGAAAAUUCAGAUCUGGGCUCUACAGGCCUCAGGAAAGGAACACUACAGCUUAAACAGUCUGUCAGACACCGAUGUUGGGAAAAGAAGGCAAACUAUUUUUUAAAAAAUAAAAAAAAUCCUACAGUCUUCUCAAAAAAUUCCUAUGGAAUUUCUUGAAAACAUCAGUAUUAAAGCUGUAAUGUAAUUAUUUAUAGAGCCAUAAAUUAAAGGCGGCAAAUGGUUUGUGUAAUGCUGGUGUCAUUGUCAUUGAGUGAAUUUACUACAAUGUUUCAGCCAGUGUCAGCGGCUGGAGUGCACGUUAGCGAGGGCAGGUCAGGGGCUCUGUGCUGUGGCCAGGAUAACUGGUGGCAAUGGGAAUGGGAGCAUCUUUUGCCAUCACAAUGGUUUGUCUCCUGAAUUUCUGUGUAAAACACCUUUACCAGUGGAUCACUUACUCCAUCCAUUCUGUGUGGCUAUGAUGGGGUGUUAAGACAACCUGCUUUACGUCACCACUGGUACUGGUUUGAUUUUGAUUAGCUGAAACUCUUGAAGGCCAGCAACGUCUCUCUAAAAGUAGUUGAAGAAUGGUAAGGUUGAACGAGCAGGGGCUGUGUCCAUCACACCGCAGUGUCUUUGUCCUUUCAGUCAUUGGGGAAAGUCUCAUUUUCUAAUCAUAGUCAUUCCUCAUUCUAAUUGGUGAGCAGUCUACAGGAGUUUUCUUAUGUCAUUUGCAGUAAUGUAAUGUCUAAUGUAACAUAUUCUUCUAAAUAAAUGAAAAUGUGUGCAUUUCUCGCUCA